UAAGACAACUUACACGUUCGACUAAAGCAAAGGAAGGUGCAACGUUGCCAUGGCAAUUAUGUAUACCCAUCGAUUCCUUCAUUAUCUAUUGAUGUGAUGACGUCACGGGCACCUGCAAACAAGAUGGCGGACUAAGCUGUCAAACGGUGAUAUUGUGUACAUAUACCAACGUGUCCUGGAUUCGUGGAUGUAAACAUGAGGAAUAAACGACAUUAACCCCCAUGUGCAGUCUGUCCAUGGCUGCUUCACCUGGGAGUGGAGGUGUGGUGUCAAUUACCUGCCCCACCUGUAGCGAGACCGUCCUACAACCGCCCGGGUCCAAGCGGACGAUCUGUCCGCGCUGUGGGAAUUUCUACGAGCGGGCGUCUGCGGAGAGACCCCCCUCAUAUCACCGAUCGAGAGAGAAGAGGGGGAGGGGCAAGGGGGACCAGAAUGACAAAGGCAAGUCUGGUCCCCUUAAUGUCAUCACAAGUCUGUUUCGGUCUUCUCCUGAUGAGAAACGUCGAGAUCGUGGAUCCACAUCAUCUGAGAAUGGAACGUCCAAAUCGACAGAGCUCCCUCGCAUAGAAGGAGGCAGUGGUCAUCUGACUGGACCACAGAACCAGAACCGACCCACAUAUCUUUCAACUGGCGGCUCACGGACGACACGUUCCCCGAGAUCCAGCCCAAACCCUGACAGAUCCCCAAAGAGUCCCUCACCCAACCCCUCAAAGGUCAACUAUCCCGUCCGUACAAAGACAGCGGAACAGCUGAAGGAGGAUGUGUCGUUGUGUCGCAGUUCGGGAGACUGGCAUACCGUGCAGGACUUCUAUGCAACCUUGUUUGAGUCCUUCAUCGAACUCAAUGCAGCUUUCAAGAGAGAUCCACAGAAGGAGUACAAGACAACUGACGACCCAGGUCUCAAGUUUGAUCUUCUCACCAGUGUGUUCAGCACCCUGCUUACCCUGCCCCAAGAUCUCCAGAAGGAAGUCCUCAAGGCCAUCAUCAAUAGCCUCCUCAAGGACAAAAGGAGUAGAGACCACAGAGUUUGGCCGAACACAAAGGAUGAUCUGCGGGCCUAUCUUAUCCUGAUUCAUAAUCCACAGUUCAGCAAUCUGACAACCUAUGUGAUAUUUGCACACCUGCUGCGUCAGAUAGCGGCAUUGUCCGACCACGACCAUCACUUUCUGGUGCACUGGCUCCGCAGAAUUCCUUCGGAUCAGUUCAAGUCGAUAGUCGGUCGUCUUCAUAACUUCAUCUCCUGUCGCCUGUUUCCACCAAAGCCACAAGACUUACCUCCCCUGUCCAAAUGCACAUGGUGGAUACCGAGUGCUACAAAAGUCAUGGCUUUAUUCAAUGCUGCCAACAACCUGUCGCUGCCAUCCAUUGUGCCGUACUCGGACUUCUACAACAGCUCCCUAGACCACCUGGACUUGAUGGCGGAGUACUACGCCUGGCAGAACCCCAGCUCACAUGCAGGGUUUUCGUUCUGCCAGUAUCCUUUCAUCCUGAGCAUUGCAGCAAAACGAACAAUCCUGCAGAAGGACUCGGAGCAGCAGAUGAUUAUCAUGGCCAGGAAAAGUUUGGUGGCCAAAGUGCAGCGUCGACAACUGCCUGACAUUGGGAUGUUGUUUCUGAACCUGACGGUGCGGAGGUCUCACCUGGUGUCUGACUCUCUCAACGAGAUUGCCAGGAAGCAUCAUGACCUCAAGAAGAAGCUGAAGGUGACCUUCGCCGGGGAGCCAGGCCUGGACAUGGGGGGUCUGACCAAGGAGUGGUUCCUGCUGCUAAUCAGACAGAUAUUCCAGCCUGAGUAUGGGAUGUUCAACUACGACAAGAUGGCGGGUUGCUACUGGUUCAGUGCCAUGCCCUGUGAGAACUACCAGGAGUUUAACCUUGUAGGAGUUCUGAUGGGUCUGGCUGUGUACAACUCCAUCAACCUGGACAUCCGCUUCCCGCCCUGCUGCUACAAGAAGCUGCUCAGUCCCGCUGUAGUCCCCUUCUCCAAUCCUCGUGCCACGGUUGGCGUCACCACAGUCACAGUUGAUGACCUCAUGCAUGUCAAACCGGAGGUGGCGAAAGGCUUGAAGGACUUGAUGGAGUAUGAGGAGGAUGUGGAGGAGGAUUUCUGUCUUACAUUUGAGGUGUCCAGCAGUGAGUAUGGGUCAAUGAAGACAGUGCUGCUGAAGCCCAAUGGAGACAACAUCGCAGUCACCAAGGAGAACAGGAAAGAGUAUGUUCAGCUCUAUGUGGAAUUCAUUCUCAACAAGUCAGUGUACCCACAAUUCCAAGCAUUCUACCAUGGAUUUCACAGUGUGUGUGCAUCAAAUGCACUAAUUAUGUUGCGGCCUGAAGAGGUGGAAAUGUUGGUGUGUGGCAGCCCGACCAUCAACAUCAAUGACCUCAAGAAGGUGACAAUGUAUGAAGGUUACAGUCCUCAGGAUCAGACAAUUAGGUACUUCUGGGACAUGGUGAAUGGUAUGCCCAUGGAACUGCAGAAGAAGCUGCUGCUGUUUGCCACAGGAAGUGACCGGAUUCCCAUUGGUGGAACCCAGGAGAUGCAGUUCAAGAUCUCUAGGAUCUCUGGAACUGAUCUACUGCCGAUGGCUCACACCUGUUUUAACCAGUUGGUGCUGCCUCCUUACAAGUCCCGGAAGGUCCUCAAGCAGAAGCUGAUUGCUGCCAUUCAGAAUGCUGAAGGAUUUGGACUAGAAUGAUGUGACAGUGGUUUCAUGGAUCUGUGUGUGACCAUCCAAAGGACUGCUUGUUUCAGUGGUGUUCUUCUGACCAUCACAAGCAGGCUGGUGGACUCUUGUGAGACUGAUAUUUCUGUUGGUAUCUCAAUGCCUGUUGCAGUGCUGAAGAUAAUAUGAGAAAAUUGAAUGUUUCACUAUGGACAUACUUAACGCUCCUGAAGGGCAGCUAGAUGUACACUGAGCAUUGAUGUAAUCAACACCUUGGACAGUCAACCAUGCAGCUUUAGCAGUAUACAACACCUGGGAGACUCCAUUAGGAUCUAUACAACACCUGGGAGAGCCCACUAAGAUGUAUACAACAACCUGGGAGAGUCCACUAUGAUGUAUACAACACCUGGGAGAGUCCACUAUGAUGUAUACAACACCUGGGAGAGUCCACUAUGAUGUAUACAACACCUGGGAGAGUCCACUAUGAUGUAUACAACACCUGGGAGAGUCCACUAUGAUGUAUACAACACCUGGGAGAGUCCACUAUGAUGUAUACAACACCUGGGAGAGUCCACUAUGAUGUAUACAACACAUGGGAGAGUCCACUAUGAUGUAUACAACAACCUGGGAGAGUCCAUUAGGAUGUAUACAACACCUGGGAGAGUCCACUUGGAUGUAUACAACACCUGGGAGAGUCCACUAUGAUGUAUACAACACCUUGGAGAGUCCAUUAGGAUGUAUUUGGGCAAAUCCAAAAUGAUGUAUGAACUCCUGGGAGAGUCCACUAUAAUGAAUACAACACCAGGGAGAGUUCAUUAUGAUGUAUUUGGACAAAUCCACUAUCAUGUAUACAACACCUGUAGUUGGGA